GAACACUUGAUCGCGAGGCGAAACUCUGACCAACGAGUCAUCCUGGGGUUACAUGGUGGUCAAGCCCUGAUCCUUUCUUUUUUUUUUGUUACCCCUCCUCCUUUGUAUAGUGUCUUAGCUUUCUGCCGAGUCCCCCACGUCUACCUACAGACCAGGGCCCCAACCUGGCUGCCCCUCCACCACACGCACUGAUCGCUGUAUACACAUGACGGCCAACGACAUCUCUCGGCCGAAUGGCCUUGGGCCUAACAAUGGCACGUCACACGUCAGUGAGGCCAAACGUGAGCAUGCGCACACCGAAGAUGCUAUGACACCGACGACGCAUGAGUCAAUCUCAAGCCUUCCCACCCACCCUUUAGGGGUGAAGCCUCUCGGCAACCAAUUUCUCCAUGAAGGUCCAAACGCACGCCCUUCUGCUGGUGCUUUUCGGUCAUUCUCCGACGAGACACUCAUGUUGUUUCUGGAGUAUCUUGACCAGCAUUCACUGAGGCGCUUGGGCUACACUUGCCGAUUCCUUUACGCCUUUUGUUCGUCUGCUGAGUUGUGGAAACCCCUUUUCCUUGAGCACCAUACGACAGGUCGAUUUGGCGGAAAGUGGCAGGGCUCUUGGAGGGCAACACUGCUCGGGCUGGCAGUUGACCAGGAAUCCAAGAUUGACUGUAGCAAUGUUUUCUCCGAUGUCCUGCACAGGCCAUUUGUCUGCAGCCAUCUGGACUUGUCCAGGUUUGCCACCAAGAUCCCCCGUGGUAACCAAAUCACCAAGCUUGACAAUCUGUCAUAUGAUGAGUUCGCAGCCUCAUGGACUGAAAAGCCCUUUGUGUUGACGAAAUGCAUUCAGGAUUGGCCAGUCUUCCAAACCUGGACCAUUGAGACGAUUUUGAAGCAAUACGGUGACGUAGAGUUUCGUGCCGAGGCUGUUGACUGGCCCUUCUCGACAUACCACGACUAUAUGAAAAACACAACUGACGAAAGCCCUCUCUAUCUUUUCGACAAGAAGUUCGCCGAGAAGAUGCACAUCAAAGUGGGCCGCGAAGAGGGCGCAGCAUACUGGAAGCCAGAGUGCUUCGGUCCUGAUCUCUUUGAGCUUCUUGGAGACGAGCGGCCAGCGCACCGAUGGCUGAUCAUUGGCCCCGAACGCAGUGGCUCAACCUUCCACAAAGACCCCAACGCAACGAGCGCCUGGAACGCAGUUCUGCAGGGUUCCAAAUACUGGAUCAUGUUCCCGCCCUCCGUGUCGGUGCCCGGCGUUUUCGUUUCCAGGGACGCGAGCGAGGUGACGAGCCCCAUCAGCAUAGCCGAGUGGCUGGAGACAUUCCAUGACGAGGCACGGCAGCUGCCUGAGUGCAUCGAGGGCGUCUGCCAUGCAGGAGAAAUCCUGCACGUCCCCAGCGGAUGGUGGCAUCUCGUGGUCAACCUGGAGAGCGGUAUUGCGCUGACUCAGAACUUUGUACCCAAAUCGCCUUCGCUCCACCACCUCUCCGAAGCGUUGUCGUUUCUCCGAGACAAGGCGGAGCAGGUGACUGGUUUCGAGCGCGAUGUGACGGACCCCUACGGGCUGUUUGUGGAGCGGCUGCAAGCAACAUACCCCGAGGCACUCGAGGAGGCGCUGCGCAUCUUGGAUAGUAAGGCGGCGCAUAAGAAACGGAAAUGGGAGGAGGCAGUCGGCGCAGGGCCGGCGGAAGCUGAGGGUGGAGGGUUCAGCUUCGGGUUCGGCGGCGAUGACGAUGACGAGAUACCCUGA